CUUCUCUGGCCCAGCCCCAGCCCAGUCCCCUCCUGGGCCGUUGGGAGAUGGAGGGGGAUGAGGGCCGACCACUGCUGGGGCUGUGGAACACGGGCAGCACUGGGCUCUCCUCUGCUGGCGCCAUCUUCAUCAUGCUCAAGUCUGCGCUGGGUGCCGGGCUGCUCAGCUUCCCCUGGGCAUUCAGCAAGGCUGGGGGUGCCGUGCCUGCCAUCCUGGUGGAACUGGGCUCGCUGGUGUUCCUGGUGAGCGGGCUGGCGGUGCUGGGCUACGCGGCGGCGCUCAGCGCCCAGCCCACCUACCAAGGCGUGGUGCGGGCGGUGUGCGGCCCGGCGGCGGGGAGACUCUGCGAGCUCUGCUUCCUUCUCAACCUCUUCAUGAUCGCCGUGGCUCUGCUGAGGGUGGUGGGCGACCAGCUGGAGAAACUGUGCGACUCGCUGUACCCGCCCGGCGCGCUGAGCGAGGGCUCCCCGUGGUUCGUGGAUCAGCGCUUCACCCUCCCGGCGCUCUGUGCCCUGGUCAUCUUCCCGCUGUCCGUGCCCAGGGAGAUCGGCUUCCAGAAGUACUCCAGCAUCCUGGGCACGCUGGCCGCCUGCUACCUCACGCUGGUCAUCGUCCUUAAGUACCACCUGCAGGGUGGGAGUCUGGGACUCCCGCAGGCUGCCCGACCCCCCAGGGCCUCCUCCUGGGCCUCCAUGUUCAGCGUCAUCCCCACCAUCUGCUUUGGGUUCCAGUGCCACGAGGCCUGCGUGGCCAUCUACAGCAGCAUGCGCAACCAGAGCUUCUCCCACUGGGUGGCCAUCUCCACGCUUUCCAUGCUCAUCUGCCUCCUCAUCUACUCCCUCACUGGGCUCUAUGGCUACCUGACCUUUGGCGAGGACGUGGCCCCCGACGUCUUGAUGUCCUACCCCGGGAACGACCCUGUUGUCAUCGUUGCCCGCCUGCUCUUUGGUGUCUCCAUCGUCACCAUCUACCCCAUUGUGGUGCUGCUGGGACGGUCGGUGGUGCAGGACCUGUGGGCACACCCCAAGCUCAGGGCUACGCUUGUGUCUGAGAGGCACGAGCGGCAGAGCCGGGUGGCACUGACCAUCUCAUGGAUGGCUGCCACACUCGCCAUCGCCUUGUUUGUCCCUGACAUCGGCAAGGUCAUUGAGCUCAUCGGCGGCAUCAGUGCUUUCUUCAUCUUCAUCUUCCCAGGGCUGUGCCUGGUGUGCAUGACGGGGACACAAGCCAUUGGGACACCCAAAAAGGCUGUGCUCAUCACCUGGGGUGUCGUCUCUGUGCUGGGGGGCACCUUCGUGUGCGGGCAGAGCGCUGCCCUGGCUGUGAUGGGGCUGCUGCAUUGA